GUUUUUUUUUGUUGUUGUUUUUUUUUUUUUUAAAAAACGUUGCUUAUUUUCAGCUAUGAGCUCAUUGGCCUUUCCUCUGCUCCUCCUCCUGCACAGCUGCAGUCAGUACCAGAUUAAAAAAAAAUACAUACAUACACACCAUAACAAAUCAUUAACAUUAAUGCUGGACAGCUAAAGACUAGAGGAGUUUUGAACCAGCUUCUAAAUAAAGCAAAUCAACAAAGCACGGUUUCUCUGCACAGACUGUAUGUGCCUGUCUCCUCUAUGCCGAGGACCGCGUCAGCGUCUCGGCCGGCGGCGAUGCUGGACGACAGGUAGGACUCGACCGAGAGGACGACUCCUGCCUCACACCUCAUUACGUUUAAAGGAAAAAGGGACUGCGAGUCAUGAGCUGUGUUCGUCUUUACUCCUCCCCCCCCCCCCCACAGGGAGAGGUCUGUGUGCCAGUAGUCUCAAGAGUACCGCGAGUCAAAAGGUACCCUCCUACAACCAAAGAGAGACUAAAGUUUAUGUGGGGAACCUAGGCACUGGUGCAGGAAAAGGUGAACUCGAGCGGGCUUUCGGUUAUUACGGGCCUUUGAGAACUGUGUGGAUUGCCAGAAACCCUCCAGGAUUUGCCUUUGUGGAGUUUGAUGAUCCCAGAGAUGCUGAAGAUGCCGUCCGUGGCCUUGAUGGCAAAGUGAUCUGUGGAACCCGCGUCCGUGUAGAGUUAUCGACAGGUAUGCCGCGCCGCUCCCGUUAUGACCGCCCGCCCACUCGGCGGCCCUUCGACCCUAACGACCGUUGCUAUGAGUGCGGUGAGAAGGGGCAUUACGCCUACGACUGUCACCGCUACAGUCGCCGCAGACGGAGCAGGUCUCGUUCUCGCUCUCGCGGAAGGAGGUAUUCUCGUUCCCACUCUCGCAGCCGGAGCCGAGGCAGGAGGUCGAGGUCCUUCUCCCCUCGCCGCUCUCGCUCCGGUUCUCCGAGGAGGUCCAGGUCUGGCACACCCAGAAGGUCCAGGUCUAGAUCACGAUCCAGAUCUCGCUCUCGCUCUGCCUCUCAUCCGAGGAGCAGAUCCGGCUCUGUUGGGAGAUCCAGGUCUAGAUCUGCAGCCAGGAGCAUUUGCAAAUCUAAAGCAUCACCUCAGAAACAAAGUUACAGUCGCUCUCCUUCUCAAACCCCUGGCAGAAGCAAGAGCCCAGAUCGUAACAACUGAGGAAUCAUCAGCUAUCUAAUUUUUUUUUUUUUUUUCUUUCUUUCUCUUUAUUUUUGCAUCUCAGUUUGGAAUUGAUUUCCCCCCUUUUUUUUGUUUACAUGACCAAAAUGGUCAGUAUUUACCGCAUUACGGGUAAAUCAAAAACAGAAGGAAAUCGAUUGCCGUGUCAUAUUCAAUAGUUGAACUAUCAUGAAUGACCUUUUGUGUUGUAUGUUUGUUUAUAGAAGUAAGAAUUAAUUUGAUCAUUUGUGUAUUUCUCGUUCAAUACACUGUAUUCUGUAUAUUGUACACUUAGGUUUGGAUUUAAAAUAAAAAAGAUUAAAUUAAGUUCACAUUUCACAAAAAAAUGUACCCUAGUUCAUUAUUUUCAACACAUCGAUCUGAUUCCUUGCCCAUAGGUGGAGCUGUGGUGUCGGAUUUCACACCAAGUCGCAUGAAAUAUCCCAGUGGGUCGUUGCAGCUGCCUUCAGUUUAUGGCCUACACAAAUACCC